GGAAAAAUGGAUUCGGAAUCAAUAUUUGUAACCUUACAAAAAGGUGCAAGGACGAUAGAAGAGAUUAGACAUUUUAGUCGAAUCUUCCAUUUAGACGAGGAGACUGAAUAUGUGCUCUAUGGGUAUUUGCACAAAGCCAUAGCACAACUUGAUCGAUCAUUCCAGAAGUCACUGGAGACGCUGAGUUUUUCUCCUGUCGUCAUCAUCGCAAGGAUCACCACCAUGAAAAGCCAAUAUCGUCCGCCACCACCACCAAAAGUCAGCAUCCUAAGGGAGACCGCCACAUGUUCGGCCGUCUGGGCAGGUCAAUAG